AUGGCUUCAGUGUCAGAUCAACUGGUUGGAGGACUCUUACUCUUUGUAGCCCUAUUCGUCUUUAUUUAUUACACGACAUGGGCUCUAAUUAUGCCAUUCGUAAAUCCAUCUCAUCCAACACAAUCACUAUUCCUGCCACGAGAAUGGGCGAUACGGAUACCAGUUGCUAUACUUUUGGUUGCUUUGACGCUUAUAUUCACGUUUAUUCAUAUAGUUACUACGAGAGCUGUUAUGAAAAAGAAGGCCAAAUGA